AUGGGGUCUGGUACUUGUGAGAUUGUGGAGUUAGAAGAUGAUCCUAAAUCAAGUAACUUUUCCAAGAAAAAUUACCAAAAAACAGCAAACGAUAAAGGGAAAAAGCCUCAAGUGUACACUAAAUCAAUAGAAGAUGAUAUCAACAAGCUCUUUGAGGCCAUUAAUGUCAGAACAUCAUUUCAUGGCUUCACUUUAGAUGAAACAGGUGCCAAUACACCAAGAAGAAACCCAUCAAAGAAACCAAUGAGAAUGAGUACAUCAUCUUCUUCUUCUUCAGCAUACCCAGAACCCGUAUCCCUAAAACAGGCACUCCGGCGACAAUGCAUUUCUCAUGCAUCGGAAAUUGCCGCCAUGAAAAGAUCAUCAAAGCCGCCAGGCUCUCCCGCCCUCUCAGACGCCGGAAAACCCUAUAUAACCACCAUGUACAGGUCAUCACUGCCGCCAUCUCCCACCUUCUCUGACACCAGAAAACCAGAUAUAACCACCAUGAAGCGGACAUCAAAGCUUCCGGAGCCUCCUGCCACCACCCUUUCCAACUCCGGCAAGCCACCAAAUGUCUACACCUCAGUUAAAGCAAGUGAAGAAAGCACAUCCAGUUCUUCAAGAAAGAUGCUUCUAGAACAACAAGAUUCCAAAAUGAAGUCAAAAACCAAUCUUUCAAAUUCUUUUCUUCAAUCAACCACGAAAAAGCCAACAAAAAAAGACGAAACUACCCUUCGGAUAAACGAGAUUUUACGCGAACCAGAAUCUAAGCCAAGUAAGCCUAUAAAUAAAGCAACCCUUAAGCUAAGGCGAAAAGGGAAAUUAAAGAAACUUAUCAUGAAAAAGAAGUCCCCUUCAGUUCCCGAAACAAGCCAUUUAGUAUGCCAAAAAUGUCAAUGCGCUUUAACACCAAACGAACCCAACGGGUCGAACCACGGGUCGACCCAAACCGGAUGCGGUCCAACCGGGUCGAGUCUUUACAACCCGAAUUCAAAACAUGGAGAUAAAUCAGAGUUCACCCAAAGUUCAAAUAGCAGCAUUGGUGAAUACAGUAGUAGCACUAGCAUUAGUGAAGAAAGCAAUAUGAGUAGGUGUAGCAUCAACAACAAACCUCAUAUGUCAAUGGAUAUGAAAUGGCAAGCAAUUCAUCGUGUCAUGAAACAAAACGGGUAUUUAGGUUUGAGGAAUUUUAGUCUUUUGAAAAAACUUGGAUGUGGAGACAUUGGAACAGUUUAUUUAGCGGAAUUAGUAGGGACAAAUUGUCUUUUUGCUAUUAAGGUUAUGGAUAACGAGUUUUUGGAAAGAAGGAAGAAGAUGCCAAGAGCACAUACGGAAAGAGAAAUUUUGAGAAUUUUGGAUCAUCCAUUUUUACCCACUUUAUACGCGCAUUUUGUAUCCGAGAAUUUAUCGUGUUUGGUUAUGGAGUAUUGCCCGGGUGGCGAUCUUCAUGUUCUUAGACAAAAACAACCCGAUCGUUAUUAUAAUGAGCAAGCAGCAAGAUUCUAUGUUGCGGAAGUCCUUCUCGCGUUAGAAUACCUACACAUGCUUGGAAUCGUAUACCGCGAUCUAAAACCGGAAAACAUUUUAGUCCGAGAAGACGGACACAUCAUGCUAACCGAUUUCGACCUCUCUCUUCGUUGCACUGUGAACCCGACUCUCCUCCAAUCGGGUCCCACGGACCCACCACGGGUCUCGGGUCCAUGUGCGGGGUCCAAUUGCAUCGACCCGUUUUGCCUAAAACCCACAUGCCAAGUCUCGUGUUUCGCGUCUCACCGGGCCCACAAACCGAAACCGGACCUUAAAGCACAUUACCCGCAACUUGUGGCGGAGCCGACGGAGGCGCGGUCAAAUUCGUUUGUCGGGACCCACGAGUAUUUGGCUCCGGAGAUUAUAAAGGGAGAUGGGCAUGGAAGUGCGGUUGAUUGGUGGACAUUUGGGGUGUUUUUGUUUGAGCUUUUGUAUGGGAGGACACCGUUUAAGGGUUUAGGGAAUGAUGAGACGUUAGCGAAUGUGGUUUUGGAAACUUUAAGGUUUCCGGAAACGCCGAUUGUUAGUUUUCAGGCGAGGGAUUUGAUUAAAGGGUUGUUGGAGAAGUCGCCGGAAAAUCGAUUGGGGUCGCAGAGAGGGGCGGCGGAGAUUAGGCGGCACCCAUUUUUUGAUGGGUUGAAUUGGGCUUUGAUACGGUGUGCGGUUCCGCCGGAGGUUCCGGAAGGUUGUGAUGUUGGAGUGAGUAAUAGCGUUGGUGGAGGGAACCUCCAAUUUGAGCUGUUCUAGGCUUAUCUUGUGCCUGAUACAAUGUAUGUAUAAGACAUAAUGUGUCUUGAUGCGUAAUUGUAUUAGACAUGAUGUAUCUUCUUUGCUGUAGUUUCUACUACAUAAUGUAAAUGUGGUUGAAGAUGCAACAAAAUGGUUUAUAGUUGAUGAUUAGUCAAGCAUAUAAUAACCGCAUAUUCUAUUCUUAGAUAAAUUUUUGCCAAUUCCUUAAAAGCGUCUGUUCGUUAUUCAAAUUUAAACCAAGACAAAAUGGCAAGAGAGAGAGAAAGAGAGAACAAAU